AUGGCCGACUCAGUCAGCACCAAAAUUCUCCCCAAAAUCGACACCACAAUGUCGUCAUUACUACACACAGAGUCCGUAGAGGACAGGCUACUCUCAGCAACAGCCGCCGUGCUGAGUUUGCCGCGGAACAGCAUCGAGCUGUUCGACUCGUUCGCUGACCUCGGUGGAGAUCGACCUGCCGCCAUCGAGCUAAGGAAAAGGUGCAUGAGCCUCGGACUCGGAGUCAGGACGAGCGACAUUCUUCGCUGUCACACCUUGGCGGAGCUUCAGACCUGCAUCACCCCCUUCGGCCAGACCGUGCCUGUGCCUGCGUCCAAGGAGUCCGACGAAGACAGCGCUUCUCCCUCCGAUGUCUUCAGCUCAAGUCCCAGACGAAGCAGCGGCGGUUACUCAACAUCAUCGUGCGAAUCCACCCACAGCGCCGAAGUAGCACCCUUGAGGGCACCACAGGUCGCCAUCGAACGCUUCAUCGAGUCCACGCCCCAGGUCACGAGCGCGGCUGUUAUCAGGCCAAAAGCCGGCUACUUGGAGGGAAAGCUCGUGGCAUUCGUCACUCUGGCAUCCGGUCGGGUCUCCCAAUCCAGCCUCUCAAGUAUCCGCCUCAUUCCUCAGUCGCAAAUGCAUUUUGCUGGAAGCCAGGUCGCAGCAGUCCGCCUGGCUCUCGAAACCUCAGAAGGGGCUCACUCAGUACCAAACUCAUGGAUCGUGCUCGACCAGAUGCCUUCCGACGGUGAGGGCUCCGUCGACCGGAGGCGGCUCCAGACAUGGAUUCAGAACAUCAACGAAGACAUGUACCACCAGAUUUCCAGCCUCGAAUCUCAUGAGCUCUUCCAGGAGCCUUUGACCGAGAUGGAGCGCAUCCUGCAGAAGACCGUGGCCGACGUUCUCAGGAUACCACAGAAGCAGGUCGGCAUGAACUUCUCAUUCAGUCAGCUCGGCGGCGACGACAUCUCCGCCAUGAUGUUGGUCGCUGAGUGCCGGACGGCAUCCAUCGUAGUGAGACCAGAGGAUGUUCACCAAUGUCCAACGCUCGGCCAACUAGCUGCGCUCGCAAUCCGGAAAACUCAGCACAAGGCCGUAUGGAAUGAGGAGUCACUCGAAGGGUUCAAGUUGUCGCCAAUGCAGCAACUCUACUUUGACACUGGCAUCGGCGGCCGUCUGGAACAACGACUUGCCCCGAAUGGUGGCUACCGCUUCAAUCAGAGCAUUUUGCUGCGCGUCAAGAACAACUCAACUCUCGAGGACGUCCACGCCGCCAUCGCAACAGUAGUCGGUCACCACUCAAUGUUGCGCGCCCGGUUUCGAUCCACUGCCGACGGCUGGAUGCAGCGAAUAGUACCAACGGUGGAAGACUCGUAUGGGUUUCGCUAUCACUCAGUCAGCACCACGGAGGAAGUUCUCGGCAUCAUUGCGAAAACGCAGUCCAGCAUUAACAUUGAGACUGGCCCCGUCUUCGCGGUCGAACACUUCCGCACACAUGACGGCCAGCAACUUGUUUACCUACUCGCUCACCAUCUCGUCGUGGACAUGAUGUCAUGGCGCAUUAUCAUCCACGACCUCGAUGAGCUUCUGCGCGAGGGCAUUUUGUUCUCUGAGCGCUCAAUGCCGUUCCAAAGAUGGAACGAGCUCCAGGAGGAGUACAUCUGCAACAACGCAGAUCAGUUGGCGCUUCCCUAUCAACUUCCGAGCGGCCAGUACAACUACUGGGGCCUCGAAGACUCACUCAACACUUACAACGACAUCGCGACGGCAAGCUUCACUCUCACUGCGGAAUUGACCGCCAUUCUCCACACAGCAUGCAACCAGGUCUUCAGAACCGACAUGUCGGACAUCUACAUGGCCGCAUUAAUGCUCUCAUUCAGCCAAACAUUCCACGACCGCCGGGCGCCGGUGGUUUGGAACCAGGAGCACGGACGAGAGCCCUGGAGCCAGGACAUCGACAUUACUGAGACAGUUGGCUGGUUUACGUCUCUCUGCCCGGUUUCGCUCCAAGUCGACAUGGCCGACGACUUUCUCCAAGUACUGCGUAAGAUGAAGGACACGAGGCGAUCCAUCAUUCGCCGUGGCUGGAACUACUUCGCCUCAAGGUACUUUGGUCCUGAAGCGGCUUCGCGCAACGCGGAAGGCUGGCCAUUCGAGGUCAUGUUCACUUACGCUGGCUCUGUCCAACAACUGGAACGGGAGAAGGGCGUUUUGGAGCAGCUCACCAUACCCGGUAGACUGCUCUCAACCGAUGCUUCAGACAUCGGCCCGGACGUCAGCAGAAUCGCUCUUUUCGAGGUCUCAGCCAUGGUUGAUCAAGGCGCUGCAUCAGUCCAGAUUAUUUACAACAAGAACUGCAAGCACCAAGAUAAGAUUACCGAAUGGAUCCAAACCUAUGAACACCUCCUCUACGAGGCCAUUGGCCGGCUCCGCUACCGCGGGCAGGAGCUUACUUUAUCUGAUGUCCCAAUGCUGGACACGACCUACGAGGGUUUGGCAAAGCUGAACACCGACCGCCUGGUUGCUCUCGGUCUGACCAGCGCCAAGGAUAUCGAGGACGUCUUCCCGGUCACCGCCCUCCAGCAGGAAAUCCUCAUCAGCCAAACCCAGAACCUAGAAACCUGCCACAACCAUGCCAUCUACGAGCUCUCCGCCCCCAACGGCCUCGUCGCAGAUCAGGCUCAGAUCUGCUCGGUCUGGCAGCAGAUCGUUGCCAAGUACCCAGCACUUCGGACGGUUUUUAUCGACAGCAUCUCCGACAACGGGCUCUUCGACCAGGUCGUGCUGAGGAAAUGUUCGCCCGAAAUGCUCUUCGUCGACGCUGAGGCGGGCACAGACCCGGUGGCCAUUCUUAAUGCGUUGCCGCCGAUGAGUGCAACACCUUACAACCCGCGCCACCGGGUGUCAGUCUGCAGGUCCCAUGCCAGUACCUUUCUGAGGCUUGAUAUCAGUCAUGCGCUUUGUGAUGCUUUGAGCCUCCAAAACAUCAUGUGGGACCUGAAGAGGAUGUAUAAUUCCAGCAAGCUACCCAUGAAAGUUCUGGACCCGUCGCAUGUUGCGUGCUUGCAGUACAUCUCGUCAGCGCGCCAGGAAAACAGCCUCAACUUCUGGCUGGGCCGUCUUCAGGAGACUCAACCAUGCUUGUUCCCGCGAUUGAUGACCGUCACCGAGGGCAUCAUGCAACACACAAACUUCUUCAUCGACCUGCCGAUGGUGCAGAUUGAUGAGUUCUGCCGCAACCAAGGCAUCAGUCGGGCAACUGUUGUUCGGCUGGCAUGGGCGCUUGUUCUGCGUGCCUUCACGGGGUCAAGCCGGGUUUGCUUCGGUUACCGCUCAGCUGGUCGCGACGCUGAUGGCGCUCCUGAGGGGUUGAGCAUGGCGGUGGGUGCUUUCGAGAACACUACCACCUGUGCGAUCGGACUGGAGAACUACAAGACCGUUGUGGAGGUUCUUCGAACUGUCGAGGAAGACGCUGCUGCUUUCCGCCCACACCAGAAUGUCUGCAUAUCAGAGAUUCAACAUGCUCUGGGCCUGAAGGGAGACAAGCUCUUCAACACUUGCCUGUCCUACCAGGAGGAGCCUCAUGAGCUGAAGAGCAGAUUCAGCUCGACCAGGCCGCCGAUGGGACUUGCUUGUGUCCAGGCAUUCAACACCCCCGACUACGAUGUCACCUUCUCGCUGACUCUUGUCAAUGGGCAGCUGAUUACUGGUGUCUCCCACAGAGUUAUGACUGCUUCUCAAGCUCAGAACUUGACUAACACCUUCGGGCGUGCUGUGCUUUCCAUCCUAAGCAGCGCUAAUGGCUCCAUCAACAGCAUCGAUCUCUUCACUGACAGAGACUACGCUCAGCUGUUGAUCAGUGACUGGGAGACGGACAAGGCUAACGAGGCAUCUCACGGCUGCGUGCACGCGCUCAUCUCACAGCAAGCAAGGCUCCGACCAGAUGCUCAGGCUAUUUGCGCCUGGGAUGGCCACCUCUCGUACAGGCAGACGGGCCGUCUUGUUUCUCGGCUUGCCACUUAUCUCGUGCAGUGGGGUGUGCGGCCUGGUGUACCCGUACCGGUCAUCCUGGACAAGAACAAGUGGGCAGUCAUCAGCAUCCUGGCCGUCUUGAAGGCUGGUGGCUGCUUUGUGCCUAUCGAUGCCGAAGACCGAAACAACGUCGAGACCUUCAUCCGCCAGCUCUCGCCCAAGAUCCUCAUCGCAACCGACAUGAACUGGAAGUACCUCGAGUCAAUCAUCGAGGGCGUCAUCGUCGUUGAUGACUCUCUCUUCAACGUCACUUUCCCUCUUGAGUCGCCUCUUCCCAUGGCUGCGCCGAAUGAUGCCGCAUGCAUCCUCCUCUCUCCUGGCUCAUCGCGCGGCAGAGAGGCAAAGGGCAUCAUCUUCCACCACGCUGCUCUUUCUGCAGCUUUCGUCACACAAGGCCGAGCACUCAAUCUCAAUGCCGACAGCCGCGUUAUGCAGCUGUCUUCAUUCAACGUUGACACGGCGCUCAUUGAGCUGCUUUCAACACUCGUACACGGCGGUUGCGUAUGCGUACCUUCCAGCGUCGAGAAGACUAGCGACAUCGUCGGCGCCGCUCGCAGAAUGGACGUCAACUGGACUUACCUGACGCCAGUCCUGGCAAGGAAGAUGACUCCGGCAGCCAUUCCUAGCUUGAGGACCGUCUGCUUCAGGACUCGACGCCUCGACGAGGAUACCUGUGCCCCAUGGAUUGAAAAGACAAAGGUCCUUCUGGCAUACGGUGCUCCAGACAUCUGCCCUCUCGGCAUCUCGGUUCUCGAGGUCACGAGGCCGCAGGAUCUGACUCGGGUCGCGCGACCCUUCCUCGGCAGGUUCUGGAUUGUCAACCCCGAAGACCACCGCAGACUCAUGCCAAUUGGUGCCAUUGGCGAGCUCAUCAUCGAGAGCCCGACCCUUGCGCAUCGCUUCGUUCCAGGACAGCCUCUGGCACAUCUCCCGCAGGACUCAGAUGUGUCACUCGAGGACGGGAAGCCGAAGACGCGGUACUUCAAGACAGGCCACCGAGUUCGCUACAUGGACGAUGGUAUGCUUGACUUCGUCUCAAGCGGUCGCGAUGAUGUCGAGAUCAAGGGGCAGAUUAUCCCUGUCGCUCAAGUUGAACAGCAGCUCCGUCGCUGCCUUGGCCAAGGAAUGGAUCUCGCCGUGGACUCGAUCAUCACUCGUGAUGCCCAGCCUGCAUUGGCAGCAUUCAUUGAGCUGGGCGAGAAGCUCUUUGAGGGGUCGGAGGACCUUACCAGAAUCACGAUUACGACCCGCGAGCGCACUUACAUCGCCAAGAAGCUCAUCGAGUCUUCGGUGGGCAGCGGUCUCCCCGCGCAUAUGAUGCCAACCAUAUUUGUCCCUGUCAGACAUCUUCCGGUCACCCCUUCACUCAAGGUUAACCGCCGCAAACUCCAGAAGAUGGUCAGCUGGCUAUCUCAAGAACAACUAUUGGAGUUGUCAACCGUCCCGUCGCCCGAUGAUGUGCAGACGGUUGGCAUUAAGCCCCUUCCCCUCACCCAAGUUGAAGAGCGCAUGCGGUCGAUCUGGUCUACUCUCCUAGGCGUCGAUGCAGCCUGCAUCCGCGGGAACCAGAGUUUCCUCUCUCUCGGUGGCGAGACCUUCCUUGCUGCCCAGCUCGUGGUCGAGUGCCGCAAGCAGGGUCUCAUCAUUGCACUCCCUGACAUCCUUCGCGGUGCAACCCUCACCGAGCUCUGCCAGGGUAUCACCAUCAGUGCGGAAUUCACUGUCGACAUUGCGGAGCUGCCUUCCAACGCCUCGUCCUCCAUGGGCUCGAGCUCAGAGAUGCAAUUCGAGGAGCAGUUCAUCCAGGACAUCAUCGCACCGAAGAUGGGCAUAUCUCGAGAGGAAAUCACCGACGUCGCGGAGGCAUCCGCCACCCAACUCAAGUUCCUCGAGACCGGUCUUCUGAAGGGAAGUUCUAGUCUCACCUACUUCACCUUCAGCUUCACUGGUCCCGUUCAUCCCAAGAAGCUCGAGGCAGUCUGCAUCUGCCUUGCCAAGAUCCAUCCCAUCCUGAGGACGGCCUUCGUUACGCACGAAAGACGCGUUUACCAGGUGGCCCUCAAGUCCUUCAACCCCGAGUUCAGAAGAAUCGAGGUCCCGACGUGGAGAGUCGCAAACAUGACUGAGAAGUUGAUCAAGAGGGACCAAGCGGCGCCCUUCGCGCUUGAAACGCCAAUGACUAAGUUCCUCUUCGUCGACGCCGGCAAGCAGUCUAACUUAGUCUUGCGGCUUUCAGGGGCUCAGUACGAUGAUGCGUCCAUUUCUCUAUUGCUUCAACAUUUGAAGAGCAUCUACAUCGCCCCAUCCUGUCCGCCGCGCAGAGCGACAUACUUUGAUUUCGUUCGUUCCGCGCAGCUCUCUCAUGUCGCCGGCGCCCUGGAGCAUUGGACUUCCCUGCUGGACGGUGCCAAAAUGACCCAAGUCGUCGCCCACGCUAAGCCGCCUGCUCUGAGCUCCAACAUCAAGACCCUUUCCCAGAACGUCUCCGUCAUGUCCCUUGCCAACCUCGGCAUCUCCUUCGACACGGUGGUCAAGUCUGCAUGGGCAAUGGUCCUUGCCAAUCUCUCUGGCUCUGGCGAUGUUCUAUUCGGCGAAGUCAUUGAGGGCAGACAUCUCCGCCUCGCUGACGGCUCCGAUAUCUCCGGCACCUUGGGUCCCGUCUCCAACGCAAUUCCCGUCCGUGUCCGCUUCGCCGAGACACUCAGCAGCCCACUUGAGCUCCUGAAGUACGUUCAUGGCCAGCGCGUCAUGAGCAUCCCCUUCGAGAACAUGGGUUGGCUCGAGGUAGUCGAGAAGUGCACCAAGCUUCCCUACUGGACACGCUUCAGCACCGUCGUCGAGCACCGUCACCAGGAUGCCGCCAAGGAGGCCGCGAUCUUCAACCUAGGCACAGUCAAGUGCAAGUUCAACAUCGUGGAACCCAUCAGCCGCGACAUGUACGAUUUGCACGUCAUCUCCACCCAGGAUAACCCCAGCUGCGGAGACAUCUCAAUCACGUUCUGCGAGAACCGCAUUCCAAGCUUGUUCGCCAACGAGACUCUCAAGGCUCUUUGCUCCACCAUCGAGCUCCUGACCUCUGUGUCGAUGCUCCAUCCCCUCAUCCCCUCGACCGCCGACUACUGUGCCGUCACGCCACAGAUCCCUCUCCCUCAGAUCGACAUGGAGCCAAAGACAACCAACGUUGGCGCAAGCAUGUCCGACGACCACCGCGCCUCAAUUCAGAAGAAAAUUUCCAAAGUCUGGACCGAGAUCCUUGACCCGCGGUCUCUUGGCGUCCCGGAGAGCCAGCUUCCCAACGCGGCCUUUUAUGAUCUCUGGGGAAGCAUGAUGCCCGCUGCACAGCUAUCCCAGGCCCUCACGCAAGAGCUUCCAAAGUUGGGCAUCCCAGGCUCACACAACCUGCACAUCUCCAUGGAGGAGAUCAUGGCGCACCCCACCAUGGCAGAACAGUUCGAGCUUGUCGCGCGGAAACUGCGUGACGCCAAGCGGCGAACCAUCUCUGAGGUCUUUUCACCCAAGGCCCAUCCGGCAUGGGGCCGCAGCCUGCGUCGGCUGACCACCACCAUCACUCCCAAUAAGACAGUGGAGCGGGGACUGAGCAGCACCUCCGCCAGCUCAUCCAGCUCAGUUGACGUCUACCGCAGCUCGACCGCUGCGCAGCAACCCUUCAUGAACUCCAUCGCGGAGAUGACGAGCGGCACGCAGCCCAAUAUCGGCGCAGCAAUCACCACCGCUUCGCCGGUCGAGCUGGAGACAGAUGUCCCGGAGACGCAAGCCCCAACGCAGACCCUGGCACGUCGCCCGCGGCUGAGUCUUGCAGUCCAGCAUGAUGGAAGCAGUAUGGAAAGCAUGACCACAGGAAGCAGUCGCACCACUGAUGAUGAGGCCGAUGCUGAGGCGGAAAAUGAGGAUGUCGUCAGCCCGAUGAGCGCGAGCACGUUGACCACGCCGGCCGUGAGCACGCCAGCUGAGGGGAGCAAGAUUCGAAGGAAGGCCGGCAUUGAUUGA